UUCCAGUUUCUGGUUUUUCUCUCUCCUCCUUUUUGUUUCUCUCUCUUCGCCGUUUCAAUUCCUAACGUUGGAACGCAACAAAAGUACAAGAGAAUGGUGGAAGUGAGAAAGACCCAGGUGAGGAAAAAAUGAAAAUGAUUCGGGCUGCAUGAAAGUGGCGUGCUUGAAGUGAAGAUAGUGUGGAGACUGUAAAGUUUCAAUCUUUUCAGACAUACAGGUUCCAAAGUAGGAAAAAACACCAAAAAGGUAAUUAGUUAACACUCCAUUCACUCACUGGUCCAUGAUCCAUAAUAGUCCAUACCAAACGCUUCAUGCUUCAUGGUUCUUUGAAUUGGGAGGUUGAGUUUCUUCUAAGCCUGUUGAAAAAGAUUACCAACUUGGGGAGGAGACAGUGAGACACAGUUGGUGUGAAAAGAAAUUCAUUAGCAUUGUUGCAAAGAAUGAGAGAGAGAGAGAUAGAGAGAGAGAAAGAGAGAGAGGUCUUGACUUGACUGAUGUACUAUAUUUUUUGUGUUGUGUGUGUGAACUGUGAAGUGGAAGGGGGACAACAGCGUAUCUGGGAAAAUCGGGAAAAUUCGAUUUAGUUUUGUUAUGUGCUUAAAUUAAGCCAAGAAAAAAGUAAACAAGAGAAAAGAAUAAUAAAGGGUAUAAAAAUUAAACAAGUACAUGGAGUGAGAGAGAGAGAGAAGGGGGGGCACACUCAGAUCAAGACCAAACCAAAUUGGUUCCAAUUGUUCAUUGUACAGCCACCUUGUUCUCUUUCCUGUACAGACAGAUAAUGAAUAGGGAAGAAAGAUAGGGGCAGUGAGAAAUUGUUGGUGAUAGGUCUUGGUUUGAAGAUGAAGAGUGAGCAAGCAGGGAGCAAUGGAAAGAACACUUUCAUUCAGGCACAUAGGGCAUGGCUUCCCAAGCUUUUGAUGCUGUGGAUCCUUCUCAUGGCUCUAAUUGGUUGGUGCAUCUAUACUAAAAUGGAUGCUGACACUAAAGUCAGAAGAAAAGAGGUGCUCGGUAGCCUCUGUGAUCAAAGGGCAAGAAUGCUGCAAGAUCAAUUCAGUGUUAGUGUCAACCACGUCCAUGCCCUUGCCAUCCUUGUUUCAACCUUCCACUACUACAGAACACCUUCUGCAAUUGAUCAGGAAACCUUUGCAGAGUAUACAGCCAGGACAGCAUUUGAAAGGCCAUUGCUCAGUGGAGUGGCCUAUGCACAAAGAGUGGUUAACUCCGAGAGAGAAUCAUUUGAGAAGCAACAUGGAUGGGUUAUAAAGACAAUGGAAAGAAAGCCUUCUCAGGUUAGAGAUGAGUAUGCACCGGUGAUAUUUGCACAAGAAACUGUUUCUUACCUCGAAUCUCUCGAUAUGAUGUCCGGGGAGGAGGACCGAGAGAAUAUUUUGAGGGCUAGGGCCACUGGGAAAGCUGUUCUCACUAGCCCUUUUAAGCUGUUGGGUUCUCAUCAUCUUGGUGUGGUUUUGACAUUUCCUGUUUAUAAAUCUAAGCUCCCUUCAAAGCCAACAAUGGAAGAGCGCAUUAAAGCAACAGCAGGAUAUGUUGGAGGAUCCUUUGAUGUUGAGUCCCUCGUGGAGAAUUUACUUGGUCAACUUGCUGGUAACCAAGCAAUUUUGGUGAACGUAUAUGACAUCACAAACUUUACUGAUCCCUUAAUCAUGUAUGGCAAGCAAGAUGAAGAAGGUGACAUGUCUCUUGUCCAUGAAAGUAAGCUUGAUUUUGGAGAUCCAUACAGGAAACAUAAAAUGAUAUGUAGGUAUCACCAGAAGGCACCAACGAACUGGAUAGCACUUACCACGGCAUUCUUAUUUUUUGUGAUUCUUUUAUUAGUGGGUUAUAUUUUGUAUAGUGCUGGAAAUCGUAUUGUCAAAGUAGAGGAUGAUUUUCAUAAAAUGGCAGAAUUAAAAGUCCGUGCAGAAUCAGCUGAUAUUGCCAAGUCACAGUUUCUAGCUACUGUCUCUCAUGAAAUCAGAACACCCAUGAAUGGCAUUUUAGGAAUGCUCGGUCUGCUUCUAGGCACAGAAUUGAGUUCCACUCAACUAGAUUAUGCUCAGACUGCUCAAGCAUGUGGGAUGGCUCUGAUAGCAUUGAUAAAUGAAGUGCUUGACCGAGCCAAAAUUGAAGCUGGCAAGUUAGAGCUGGAAACAGUUCCAUUUGACAUUCGAUCCAUACUUGAUGAUGUCCUUUCUCUUUUUUCUGAGAAGUCUCGGCACAAAGGUUUAGAGCUGGCAGUGUUUGUUUCUGAUAAAGUUCCAGAUAUUGUCAUGGGAGAUCAUGGAAGAUUCAGACAAAUAGUAACAAACCUUGUUGGCAAUUCUGUUAAAUUCACUGAGCGAGGACAUAUAUUGGUGAAAGUCCAUCUAGCAGAAAAUAGGAUUUCCACAAUGAAUGGGAAAGUGGAGACUUAUCUCAAUGGACGAUCAGAUGAAGUUGUGCAUGUGUCUAGCGGUGGUUAUAAUUUCAAAACUUUAAGUGGACAUGAAGCAGCUGAUGAACGGAACAGCUGGGACAAUUUCAAGCAUCUGAUCGCCGAUGAAGAAUUUUUCUUCGAUGAUUCAGUUAAAAAGGUGGCCAGUGAAUCCUAUGAGCAAGUGACCUUGAUGGUGAGUGUGGAGGACACUGGGAAUGGAAUUCCUUUCAUAGCCCAAGAUAAGAUUUUCAUGCCUUUUGUACAGGCAGAUAGCUCAACCUCAAGACAUUAUGGUGGUACUGGGAUUGGCUUGAGUAUAAGCAAGUGCCUGGUUGAACUGAUGGGUGGUGAGAUCAGUUUUAUAAGCCGGCCCCAGAUUGGGAGCACGUUUUCAUUCACUGCAGAUUUUGGAACAAUCAAGAAAAAUUCAAUCACUGACAUGAAGAAACAUAACUUGGAAGACCUGCGUUCCAGUUUUAGAGGGUUUAAAGCCAUUGUGGUUGAUGGAAAACCUGUUAGAGCAGCUGUUACUAGAUACCAUCUGAAGAGACUAGGGAUUCAGGCCAAAGUAGCAAAUAGCAUCAACAAGGCUGUUUCUUUAUGUGGGAAAAAUUGGUCUUUGACCUCAGGAAUAUUUCAGCCUGAUAUGAUUUUUGUUGAGAAAGACUCGUGGAUUUGUGGAGAGGAUGGGAUCUUCAACGUGUGGCAACUGGACUGGAAACAGAACGGGCACAUGUUUAAGAUACCUCAAAUGAUCCUUCUUGCAACCAACAUUACUAAUACUGAAUUUGAUAAAGCUAAAGCAGCAGGUUUCAGUGAUACUGUGAUCAUGAAGCCUCUGAGAGCCAGCAUGGUGGCUGCAUGUCUUCAACAAGUUCUGGGAACAGGGAAGAAGAGACAGCUAGGAAAGGACACGGGUUCAUCUUUUGCACGAAGCCUUCUUUGUGGGAAAAAAAUACUAGUGGUUGAUGACAAUAGGGUAAAUAGAAGGGUCGCUGCAGGUGCAUUACAAAAUUUUGGAGCUCAUGUGACAUGUGCAGAAAGUGGCAAAAUUGCUCUUGAAAUGCUUCAAUUGCCUCACAAUUUUGAUGCUUGCUUCAUGGAUAUUCAAAUGCCAGAAAUGGACGGGUUUCAAGCAACUGGGAAAAUUCGGGAAAUGGAGAGAAAGGCAAAUGGUGAAUGUGGUGAAGGAAAUGGGUGGAAAAAGGAGUACCAUUUACCUAUAUUGGCCAUGACAGCAGAUGUAAUUCAAGCAACAUGCGAGAAGUGUGUGGAAUGUGGAAUGGAUGGUUACGUAACAAAGCCUUUUGAGGAAGAAAAUCUGUAUCAAGCAGUUGCAAAGUUUUUCAACCCAAAACCUACCUCAGACAACAACAACAACAACAACUCAUUACAGAAUGGCAACAGAACUUAAUUGAAUUGGACACACUCUCACUACUGGCAUUUUUCAUAGUUUGCUAGUCAUCUGAAUGUGCUUCAACAUACACAACAACAGCUUCAGUUGGUUUCAACAUAUCUUAGAUUAUGCAGUGAUCAUUCAUUUCUAACCACCAGCUGAACAUGAUUUCAAUUUCAACCCGAAAAGAUGUAUACCACUACUACCCCAACUAGUGUACAGAUCUCCCAAGGGAUGAGGAAAAUCAUGUAAAUUCAAUAUUUUUCUUUGGCAUCUCGAUACUCCCUAUCAGAAGGGUAUCACUAUAGUCUAUUUUUUUUAGUUUUGAAAUCCUUUUUGCUGUAAAAUUGUCUUGUACAAGAUUUGGUUAGUUACUACUAUUAUUGUUCAUCAGAAGGAAAAGGCUUCCAUAUGCUUUUUUCUACA